CCCCGGCCGUACACCGCUGCAAGAUCACUUGGGCAAGGUGACGUUAGAGCAGAGUUUUACCCAUCGGAAAAAAAGAUGCCACCCGAAAGCUACUGUGGAACAUGUUGUUGUACCGCAACUCUUAGCUUCAGACUAGCUGAAGGAAAGAGAUUUGCAUAGGGCUUAGAUAGAAAGCGUAAUGUCAUCAGACAUUGAAGUGAUUCAUUUUACCGUUCCUUCUCACCGCGCAUUCUUCGUGCCAGUAGACACCGAUCGCGCGCACCGUUUCAGACCCGUACUCAGUUAGAAUCGAUCGUUCGGGCCGUACAGUUCCCGAAAUUCCGUGCCGCAAUGGGUUGGCUGCUACACUGCGUAUCGCUGUUAAGUGUUUUACUCGUCUGCAGUGCAGAGCACUUUUAUUGGCCAGGCGAUGCAUCGCCAACCGCCCCUACCAGAAGACCGCCUGCACAGGAUACGUAUGGCAACUACUACAGGCAGCCGCAUAUGUGCCGGGAAAGUAAUCUACAGUACGAUUGUAUUUUCCACGAUGUGUUGAUCGCUCCGUAUGCUCAACAGCCGGUUCACUUUGGCUAUGCCGAUGUGACGCAGAACGGCCAGAAGAACAUCACGUUCAAAAACUCGACCUUGAGAAGACUGCCCGAGUCCCUGCUGCGUUCGUUCCAGAUGGUUCAAUUGCUCGAUCUAAACGAUCUGCAGAUAGACGCAAUUGAGGAACGCGCUUUGUCGAACGGUGCCCAUCUCCAGGAGCUGUAUCUGGGCUUCAACAACAUUCGUCAACUGCCAUCGUCCUCGUUUCUCCACAUGCAAUCACUCAGAGUGCUUGUGCUGGACCGGAACAAUCUUAGAAGUCUGCCGGAAGGCAUCUUUCGCCGUACACCCAACCUCUUCGUACUGUCGGUCGCGAACAACCAGCUGGAACGUAUCGAGGACGAAACGUUCCGGCAGAACCGUGCACUGGAGCAUCUAAAACUGUCCGGCAACAAGCUCAGCCACCUCGAUCUUUCCCUCAUUCCGAGCCUGUUCUAUGGAAACGUGAGUACCAACCAGCUUACGACGCUCGCCAUCCCGUCGGCCGUGGUCGAACUGGAUGCUUCGUACAAUCGGAUCAACCAAGUGACGGGCCCGUUGAACGACAAGCUGGCAAUACUCCGUUUGCAGCACAACAAUCUUACCGACAUGGCCUGGCUGCCGAACUAUCCCGGGCUGGUGGAUGUGGAUCUUUCGUACAACGAGCUAGAAAAGAUAGCGCAUCAUCAUUUCAGCGGAAUGCGACGUCUGGAGCGACUGUACGUAUCAAACAACCGACUGGUCACACUGGGUCUGGAAUCUGUCCCCAUACAAACACUGCAGGUACUAGAUCUCGCCCACAAUCAUCUGCUGCACGUGGAAUACAACCAGAGGCAGUUCAGCGUACUGAAGCAUCUGUAUCUCGAUCACAACUCGAUCGUUACGCUCAAGAUUAGCGGCGACAGCGAGCUGGAAACGCUCACCCUAUCCCACAACGAUUGGGACUGCAAGAAUCUGCGCGCCAUGCUGCAGAAUGUGACCCACCGGCUGGAGAUUGGUGACAGUGACACAAACUGCAAGCCAGACUAUCAGCUCGAGCAAAACUUGUGCUGCAAGGAAACGGACUUCCCCUACCUUGACCGACUGAUCCAGUACAUCCAUCUGACGAGCAGUGCGGAAAAAGUGCAACGUGCCGAACGGCAAUGCAGCCAGACGGAUGCAAUCACCAGCGUGCGGGGUCUGUUCAACUACCUGGCCAUGGUGGGUAACGGGGUGCAGCUAAACCCCAAACUGCAGGCCGAAAUUAACGAGCUACAGAGCGAAAUACAGCAGCUCACAAACACAAAGGCCCAGCAUGAGCAGCUGCUGCAAAGUCUACAGACCGAGAUCGAUGAUAAUUUGCGCCGUUACCGCGUUAUCAAGGAUCCGAUGAUUCCGCACAGUCAAAACCUGCACAAGGUGAUAGCACAUCUGAAGAGUCGGCAGGCGUUCAAGUUGCAAGAAUCGAAAGACCGGCGUUCGGAAGCGGAUCGGAAGCGGCAGGAGGUGGAAGCAUUGGUGCAGGAAAAUCUCACCCUAAAGAACCAGCUGACCCUGAAGACCGACAAGCAAAAACAAAUAAAGCAGGAGACCACGGACAAGCGCAGACAGGUGAUGAUGCUGGAGAAAAAGAAGAACCGCAACUCGGACACUAGACAUAUCACUAAGUAAUGUGUGCCACAAUGCUGCAGUUGUGACGGUGACAGUUCGGACGUGAUUUUCGUUUUUUGCUAAUAAAGUAAUCCAACAUUACAAAGCCA